UCAGAGAAACAUAGUGCAAGUCAACCUUCAUGUAGACAUUCAGCAAAAUCACCAAAAAGUCCCAAACCAGCAGAUGGAAAAGCACACUCAGUUUUUUAUGCCAAAGAAAGCAAAGAAGUCAAGAAGGCAAGACCUGAAAGGACUACGCCCCUGGGAUCUGAUAAGGCACCAAGUAUUUUUAAAGCUGGUAAACCCCGGGGAGAAGUCCAAGGGGCAGCAGAGGUACAAGAAGACAAAAAUCUGAAAGUGGAGAUGCCUAUCGAUCAGGUUCCAGCUCAGAUCGUCCAAGAAGAAGAAAUUGUGGCACCUGCCAGUACUCUGGCUGAUGAGGCUGAGGAAGGUGGCAGUCCCUAUGAGGAUAUUGAGAAAAAGGAAAAGAAGAAAGAAUGGAGCUUAAAAAAUAUGUUUGGAUUCUUUCUCAAAAAGCCUGGAGAAUCUAAAGACAAAAGGGGAGAAUCUGAACAAAACCAGCCUGCAGAGGGACCCCUACCAGAACAAAUUAGUGAAAAAAAAGGAACAUAAAGAGUUGAUUUCAAAUGUCAUGUCAUGUUGUGCUAUACAGGAUUUUAACGUUGCAGGCCAGGAUGUAGUUUGCAACUCAUGAAAUAUCAUGUUUACUACAGGGGACUAUCUUCCACAACAUCAGUUAAGACAGUUCCCCCUAAAGAAACAAACAAUAAAUUCCUCCAUCUUUCUUGCACAAUUAGAAGUGUAAACCUUUAGUGAGUGGUUAUGUGAUCUUUACACAUUCAUUGAGUAUGUAUACAUGCUUCCUAUUAAGCCUUGGCUAGUACGUUUGAGAAUGAAGGAGUUUAACUGGAGACUGCCAAGUACUGUAAUCUUUACUAUACAUGUUGUUGAUGAUUAAUUCUUUUUGUAAUUUUCUGAUGAGUUAUUUCUCUGUUUCUGCCUAAUCAGCAGUCACACUGCGAAAUAUAAUUGCACUUGUAAGAAAAUUACUUCUCAUGAGAUGAAUACGUUUGAUGAU